CUCUUCAUGAUUUGUAUAUUGUUCAUCAUCCAUAGCUUAUGGUUUAUAGUAUAUAAGGCCCCUAUGAGCUUAUAAGUUGUGGAGACACAAUUAAGAGAAGAACUACUUGUUUCCAAUGGUCACCCCCAUUUCUUCCAUCUCUCUUACAUUUUUUGUCAAUGCUUUUCUUCUUUUGUGCUAUUUGAAUAAGGGGCAUGCAGUUGGAGAAGAUGAGAUUACGAAAGGCUAUCUACAUAUUAUUAAAGUCAAAUCUCUUCUGCCAUCAACAGCUUGCAACCAAACUUUUAAAGUUUCCAACAGUUUAUCCCUGGAAGUAGUGCACAGGAGUGGCCCAUGCAUUCAGGUAUUAAAUCAAGAAAAAGCAGCUAAUGCUCCUUCUAACAUGGAAAUCCUCCUUCGAGACCGACACCGAGUGGACUCAAUUCAUGCUAGGCUCUCAAGUCAUGGUGUUUUCCAAGAGAAACAGGCUACAUUGCCGGUCCAGUCUGGUGCAUCCAUCGGUUCUGGUGAUUAUGCUGUUACUGUGGGACUUGGCACACCAAAAAAGGAAUUUACGCUCAUAUUCGAUACUGGCAGCGACCUCACUUGGACUCAAUGUGAACCAUGUGCGAAGACUUGCUAUAAACAGAAGGAGCCAAGGCUAGAUCCUACCAAGUCAACAUCAUACAAAAAUAUUUCGUGUUCCUCGGCAUUUUGCAAAUUACUCGACACAGAAGGCGGAGAGAGUUGUUCUUCUCCGACAUGCCUUUACCAAGUCCAAUAUGGAGACGGCUCCUACUCCAUUGGGUUUUUCGCCACAGAAACAUUAACCCUUUCAUCAUCAAACGUGUUCAAGAACUUCUUAUUUGGAUGCGGCCAACAAAACAGUGGCCUAUUCAGAGGAGCAGCCGGUUUGCUAGGUCUUGGUCGAACCAAGUUAUCCUUACCAUCACAAACUGCUCAAAAAUACAAAAAGCUCUUCUCUUAUUGCCUACCAGCAUCCUCCAGCUCAAAAGGUUACCUCAGUUUCGGCGGACAAGUCUCUAAGACUGUGAAAUUCACUCCGUUGUCUGAAGACUUCAAAUCCACGCCUUUUUAUGGCCUGGACAUAACCGAACUUAGUGUCGGAGGGAACAAACUAUCGAUAGACGCAUCAAUUUUCUCUACAUCUGGAACCGUUAUCGACUCUGGCACGGUCAUCACAAGACUGCCUUCGACAGCAUACUCCGCGCUCAGCUCAGCAUUUCAAAAAUUGAUGACAGAUUAUCCUUCCACAGAUGGGUAUUCUAUUUUCGAUACGUGCUAUGAUUUUAGUAAAAAUGAAACGAUUAAAAUACCCAAGGUCGGUGUGUCCUUCAAAGGCGGAGUCGAGAUGGAUAUUGACGUGUCAGGGAUUUUGUAUCCGGUGAAUGGAUUGAAGAAGGUUUGUCUAGCUUUCGCAGGAAAUGGUGAUGAUGUUAAGGCAGCAAUUUUUGGAAAUACUCAGCAGAAGACUUAUCAAGUGGUCUAUGAUGAUGCAAAAGGAAGGGUAGGGUUUGCCCCCAGUGGUUGUAACUAAAAUUGCAAAAAGAAUCUCCAGUAAUUAGCUCCGUAUAAUUAAUAAAUAAAUGCAUGGGUGAUCAACUUAUAUGUGGAUAUGAGCUGCAAUGAAAUUUAUAGGGCAUACAAGAAGGUGUGUGUAGCUAAAGAAGAAAGAUUGCAUACAACAUAUGUCUGGCAAAUAAUCUCUACAAAGGAUCUGGGAUUCCUUUCUUUGCUGCUUUGCUUUGUAAAAGAAUUACCAGAAAAGAAUUCUAGCUGAAAAGAGGGCUAGGAGAUGACUCAUAUAUGUGGUAGAAUUUAUAAGUAAGAGUGUUUUAAGCUUAAAUUUUCCCUGGAAUUGAAGUUUGAAAUCAAUUAAAGUAAUCAUUUUUAGCCUAAA